AAUCCCCCCCGCAUCCUCCCCCACCAAGUGUAAGAUUGACAGGUGGGCUCUGACUGUCAGGGUGACGCUUGUCGGAGGGGGUGGAGACAAAAAAAAAGACACCCACCACCCCGGAAAGGCUGCUGGAUGUGUCUGUCUGUCACCGAGUGGCAGAGAGGUGCGCGCGUUUCCGCGGAGUCGCUCUCUUUCUUGGACUUCAUGCAGAUUCUUAAAAAAAUAAUAAUAAUAAAAUAAAAUGAUAAUUAUUUAAGCAUUUGGUUUGGAAGGAAAGAGAAGAAAAAACUGUGUGUGUGGUGGUGGUUUACGGGGGGGCAUGCGUUUCUGAGAAAAGUGUUGACAAUCCUCGGUUUAUCGGACACCGGAAAGAAACACACACGCACAACACACACACACACACAACACACACACACACACCCGGGUGGUUUUUGGACUCAUCUUCAACCACGAUGAGCUCGUUUUUCUGCGCUUCUCUGACCGGAGGUCUGCAGUAGUCCCGGCGACGUGUGGGAACUGUUUUUGUUUUGUUUUGAUUGUUUGAAGGGGAAAAGGACUGAGAGGAGCCGCAGAUCGGCGCAAGUUGAAGGAGACGCAAAUCAUCACCGGACACUCCUGCAGUCAUAUAAGAAUAAACAAAUAAAAAAAAAGGCACCGAGGGAUUUCGACUUCAGCUGUUUUCACAGGGCUGAAGCUACUUUUUUUUUUUUUUUUUUUUUCGUGUCCAGCUUGGCCGCUGUUCUGAUCUCUGCAUGAAAAGUCAAGCGGAAAAUCCUGCAGCAGCAUGCCGAGGAGAAAGCAGCAAGCGCCGCGGCGGUCAUCAGCUUAUGGACCUGAAGAUGAAUUCAAAGAGGAAAAGCCCAAUGAAGAAGAACAUCUGCAAGAUGAUGGUCUUUCCCUUGAUGGACAAGAUGCAGACUUUCUCUUCAAUGAUGAAGAGGAUGCCAGAGAUCCUUACAGUUGCCAAAACUCUCCACUCAGCAAUGGCACUAAUCCAGAUGCUGGGUAUGCGUCUCCUCUCAGCACCACCAGUGACCACCUGGUGGACCUUAAGWCCACUACCACCUCCUCCUUCAAUGRUCAGGAAAUUAUAGAGGAAAAGCAUCAGGAAGGUAAAGAGUCYAUCAAUGGCCUCUCCCUACAGGACAGUUUGACAAAAAUGAAAGCCGUCUAUGCAAACUUGAUCUCAGAUGCCUCCUGGUCUAGCAUUGCCCUGGACAUGCUUAAAGGUAAACAAGGGAGCCCUUUACCACCUAGCAAAGGCAGUGGUAGCAAUCACAAAGGGAGCAAUGGAUUCCUGGACAGCCACAGUUCAAGUAACUCCCAUGUAAAGAACAGAUGUAGCAGUUAUGACACUCCAGCCACCACUAUUAUUACCACCAGCAGCACUACUGCAAAAACUGUAUCAAGCAACAGCAACAGUGGCAUCAGCUCUGGCAGCACUGGAGGACUGGCCUAYGACUGGCACCAGGCAGCUUUGGCUAAAACUCUGCAGCAUACUCCAUACCAACUUCUUCCUGAGCCCAGCCUUUUCAGCACCGUGCAGCUUUACAGACAAAAUAAUAAACUCUACGGCCCAGUGUUUACUGGGGCCAGCAAGUUUCGUUGUAAGGACUGUAGUGCUGCCUAUGACACCCUGGUUGGUCUAACUGUUCAUAUGAAUGAAACAGGCCACUAUCGUGAUGACAACAAGGAUACUGAAGAUGAUCGAAGCAAGCGGUGGUCCAAGCCACGCAAGCGUUCCCUGCUGGAAAUGGAAGGCAAAGAAGAUGCUCAGAAAGUUCUCAAAUGCAUGUAUUGUGGCCAUUCGUUUGAAUCCUUGCAAGAUCUUAGUGUCCAUAUGAUCAAAACAAAACACUAUCAAAAAGUGCCUCUCAAAGAACCAAUGCCAGCCCUCGCCUCAAAGCUGGURCCUCCAGCCAAAAAACGAGUGUUUCAGGACUUGAUGUCUCCAAGCUCACCAGAGUCUGCCUCAUCAGGCAUGUUCCUGGGAGAUUCUCCUAAAGACCAAAAAGUGGCUAAUCCCUAUGUCACUCCAAACAAUAGAUAUGGUUAUCAGAAUGGUGCCAGUUAUACCUGGCAGUUCGAGGCACGAAAGGCACAGAUUCUCAAAUGCAUGGAAUGUGGUAGUUCCCAUGACACUUUGCAACAACUGACAGCCCACAUGAUGGUCACAGGACACUUUCUUAAAGUUACAAAUUCAGCCUCAAAAAAGGGUAAACAGUUAGUUUUAGAUCCUGUGAUUGAGGAGAAAAUUCAAUCAAUUCCUUUGCCUCCUACUUCUGCACGACUCCCUGUACCCAAUGGUAAAUCACAACUUGAGUCCCCAAUGCAGCCGUCCAGUCCUGAAGAAAAAUAUGAGGAAGCAAAAGAUACUGAGAUAGAGGCAGAAAAAAUUGAAUUAAGAGAACCAGAGAAAAAAAUCAAGGAGGAAAAAGAAGACCCUUCUGAAAAAGCUGAAAAACCUGUAAAGACCAGAACUUACCAGUAUCUUACAGAAGAAGACUUAGAAGAGACACCUAAAGGUGGCUUAGACAUCCUAAAGUCUUUGGAGAAUACAGUUUCAAGUGCAAUCAGCAAAGCACAAACAGGAGCACCAACCUGGGGAGGAUAUCCCAGCAUUCAUGCUGCCUAUCAGCUUCAUGGCUCAUUGAAGUCKACCUUACCCUCAUGUGCACCAAUACAGUCUAUGUUCAGCAGCACAAGUUUGAGGGUAAUGCCGUCUGAUAUAGCCUCUCUGGUUCAUUCACCUAAUAGUCCCUCUUCACCRCUGAGCCACAAGAGCAAUGUGUUGGCCAUGGAAGAACUGGUGGAAAAAGUGACAGGAAGUAAUACUGUAUGUAAUGAAAAAGAGGAAAAAACUCCUGAGAACAAGUGUAGAAUGACAAAGUCUCCMAUGCCAAAUCCCAAGGAAAAACAUGCUUCACCCAGUCCAGAAGGUUUCUCAAAAUUAGCAAAAAGCACUGCAGUCGAAGUUCAGGUUGAUCCAAAAAGUAAAGGAGACCAAAUAGAAACUGCAAUUGACAUAAAGAUAAAAAGUGAGUAUGAAUCAACACAACAGCAUGUUGCCAAUGGCUGCAAUAACCUAAGCAUCAUCACUGAUCACUCACCUGAGCAACCGCUUGUCAGCCCUCUUAGUGCUCUGCAGUCUGUCAUGAACAACCACUUGGGAAAAGCUUCAAAAGUGGCCACAGCCUCUAUGGACCCCUUUGCAAUGCUCUAUAAAAUGAGUAACRCUACACAAAGUAAACAAGCAGAGACUGUGAGUCAGUAUCAUGAUGACAAUGAUCAGCCCAUUGACUUGACAAAAUCUAAAAACAACAAUGGCGGUUCGGCAAAGGCAGUUUCUACAACACCAAAUACCAACAGUGGCAAAACAACAUUCAAAACCUUCUCUCAGUCAUCAGCCUCACCUCUUCGAGAGAAUGCUUUGAUGGAUAUUUCAGACAUGGUGAAGAAUCUGACUGGUCGUUURACACCAAAGUCUACAACACCAUCUUCCAUCUCUGAGAAAUCAGAUACAGAUGGUUAUACMUUUGAGGACAGCAUGGAGGAACUAUCACCCAUUCAAAGAAGAAAAGGGCGCCAAUCAAAUUGGAAUCCCCAGCACCUMCUUAUUCUCCAGGCACAAUUUGUCUCCAGUCUUCGAGAGACUUCCGAGGGAAAGUUUGUAAUCAGUGAUUUGGGACCCCAAGAACGAGUCCACAUCUGUAAAUUCACUGGUCUUUCCAUGACUACUAUCUCACAUUGGCUGGCCAAUGUUAAGUACCAAUUAAAGAGGACAGGGGGCACAAAGUUCCUCAAAAAUAUUGACUCUGGACAACCUCUGUUUUUGUGCAGUGACUGUGCUUCCCAGUUCAGGACUCCCUCAUCYUACAUUAACCAUUUGGAGUCCCACCUUGGGUUUACUCUGAAGGACCUCUCAAAGCUUUCCAUAGACCUACUAGAACAGCAGGCGAUCAGCAAAACAGAGGACAAAAUAUUUACUUCACCUGGACUUACAGAGGAUGACACUGGCUCAAUAYAUCAGUGCAAGCUGUGCAAUCGGACAUUUGUGAGCAAACACGCGAUCAAAUUGCACCUUUGUAAAACACAUGGAAAGUCACCAGAAGACCAUCUCUUCUUUGUGAAAGAACUUGAAAAGUUUGAUAAACAGUGAAAACGGUGAUAGCAUGACAGAUUAAUGUUGCACUAAAACUCUAAGGCCGAAUCCCAGUUCAUCCAAUCCCUCUAGCCCUUUGCCUGUUGUGCAAGUUCACGUGGUGAAGCAAUGGUGUUCCAACCCCAUUUGGUGAUGUGGGAAGAGGGUAGGACUAYGUUGCCCUUCACAUUGGGGUUUCAGAAGGGAACGCUUCAAAGGAAGGGAAGCUGCAAUGGCAAAGACACGUCCAAAUUUAAACAUUUUCUCCAUCGUAAUAUCUAGUUUGAUGUUUUUUGGUGUAUUAAUUUGGUAUCAAUGUCAGUUUUUAACAUGCAUUUUAAAAUAUGUAUUUCWAAGUAUUUUUCAAGCCAAAUAACUAGUUACAUGACAUGUAUGAGCAUAUUUACAUUGUGGUUGUUGAUGUAAAAGCAGUAUGCAACAAUUUAGGGCAUAUUGGCCUUUUGGGAGGAGGGUAGUAUUGUGUAGUGGAACUUUUAAAUACUACYCCAUGUACCCUAAAUUCAGAAGAAUAAGGGGUAGAGGUAAAACUAGCUMAUGGGAUUCGGCCUAAGAUUCAACCUGUCAACACAGAUAGUGCCACAACUGUAAGAACAACAUGUGAAAAUACAAGGAGCUUUAACACCUUUUACUCAUAUUAUUCAGUUUGUCAUGAAGGACAAGAGUUUGCACUACGGGGACUCUAAGCCUCAUUGUGAAARAUGAAUUUUUACUAAUAUACAGUUCUACAAGACUGGUGCGACCCGAUACAGUCAUCUGCUGAUUGUUGCUUCUUCAAUGCACUGCAUUUUAUCUGAGCCUUUAGGAAUAGUCCACAUGAUCUUUUAAAACUGGUCCAUACUCUUAUUUUGAUAACUGUUUCCAAAUAAUCUUUUAGGGUAAAUAUCUUUCGAUUUAACUUGCCUAUUAUUUAUGAAGCUGUUUGUGCAUGUUUUCAUGUAAAACAGUGAUUUUGUUAUGUCUGAUUAAAAAAAUCAAUCAUGAUAACUAAACUGAUGUCCCUGAAACAGCUAUUCAUAAAAUGGUAGAUGAAGAAACWUAGUGAUAUAUUUUCAGCACUUUUAGUGAGUAUAAAAUGAASAAAUAAUUGAGUAAAACAAGUCCAUUUUAGUUUAAAUUCCCUUUAUCACAAUUGAGGGACUAAUACUAUUUUUUGCCUUUAAAUUACAAAAAUAUAACAAACAAUAAAGUCCUUUUUUUCUCCAGUAAAAUAUAAAUCCCCCCACCCCCCACCCAACAUGUACAGUCUUGUGUUUGGUCACCAGUUUUAUAAAGAAACUACACUUGUAAAGUUAAUGAAAUUUAAAUCUUAUUGUAUAAAUACUUAACAAGUACAUGUAUGUCAGCAUAUCUUGCUCAUUACAGUUCAGUAUUAUUUGUACUGUGUGUAUUUUUACAAUGCUUUUUUUUCUAGACCAAUUUGAGGAGAAUGUACAAAGUUCCAAAAUACUGAUGGACCAAAAUGUCCUUUUUUUUAGCAAAAAAAUAAAAAAAGUAGGUCCCUCAAUGUGUUUUACAUGAAAUGAAGUUACUAGCAUCUGAUGUGAUGCUUAUGAUUGUAUAUAAGCUUGAAAAUAUUUGUUCUCCAAUGACCAAUUUCCAGGUUUUGUCAUUAACACAGUUAUUCUGGAUCGCAUCCUUUUAUCCUCAGUUGUAAAAUAAACUUUAUGUCCUGGAA